GCGCGUGCGUCGACCACUGGAGGUGAACUUUGUAGCUAUGAGCUAACACUCGCAGCAGCACAGCAAGCAGCGAUAACAUCAGUCAGUCUCUGCUGUAGGACAUUUAUAACUGCGGACAAAACUGUAUUUUUACUAAAACAGCUUUUAAGGCUCGACCCGUGUCAGGUCAUUAACAGGUUUCGUUUUAUUGAGGAAGAGAGCCAGACUUAAGUUAAACAAGUUACUAGAGUGAGCUGCUAGCUUUGACGUUAGCUAGCUGACGAGCUUUGCCAGAAAGUUGUGUUUUAGGCCAUUUUAAGGUUUACUAAAACAAGACUAUUCAGAAACGUAUGCAGAUAGCAAGAGUAAAAACUAAACAUGGGGUUCCUGGAGCUGCCAGGUGAGACCAUCACUUCCAUCAUCCCUUAACACACUUCAAAGUCAGUAUCGUCGGCUGAAAUUAACUAGCUCCAAAACGGCAGCACCAAGGGAGGAAGUGGAGCCAGCUUCCAGGUCAAAGAUGGAGUUAGCAGCGCAGCUUCACAGAGAGAGGGAGGUGACAGAGGGAACAAUGCAAGGGGAACCGGAUUCUCAGAGCCGAGCCCCCGGCAUAAAGGCCCACCCAGCUCUCAAAGCCUUUAUGUGUGGCUCUCUCAGCGGCACCUGCUCUACCCUACUCUUCCAGCCUUUGGAUCUGAUCAAAACACGACUGCAGACCCUGCAGAAAACUGCCAAGCCGGGGGCACCAAGGGUGGGGAUGUUCAAUGUUUUCAUCAACGUUAUUAGGACAGAGAAAUUCUUCAGUCUGUGGAAAGGAGUUUCACCAUCAUUUGUGCGCUGCAUUCCCGGCGUGGGCAUCUACUUCAGCACCUUCUACUCCCUGAAGCAGCACUACUUCCUGGAGCGCUCGCCCAACGCUGGAGAGGCAGUUCUGCUGGGAGCGGGGGCCAGAACCGUGGCUGGCGUCAGCAUGCUGCCCUUCACUGUGAUCAAGACGCGCUUUGAGAGUGGCUGUUACAACUAUGUGAGCGUGGCAGGGGCUCUGAAGAGUAUGUAUGAGACGGAGGGAGUCAGGGCUCUGUUCUCAGGCCUGACUGCCACGCUGCUCCGAGACGCUCCCUUCUCCGGCAUCUACGUCAUGUUCUACAGCCAGGCCAAGAAGGCUCUGCCUGAAGAGGUGAGUUCGUCGGCCUAUGCCCCGCUGGUGAACUUCAGCUGUGGGAUGGCGGCGGGCGUCAUGGCGUCGCUGGCCACACAGCCGGCAGACGUGGUGAAGACACACAUUCAAGUCAGCCCGUCCCACUGGAGCACCACUAAUGCUAUCUGCUACAUCUACAGGGAGCACGGCAUGGCCGGGUUUUUCCGCGGGGCCGUCCCGAGGUCUCUGCGACGCACACUGAUGGCCGCUAUGGCUUGGACUGUCUACGAACAGCUAAUGGCUCGGAUGGGCCUCAAAUCCUGAAGAGCAUCAGUGUUAAACAACACUGGAUGGAAUAUGAGUGGAUAUUGAUUCACAUUAUGUUCUCACUGAAGGCCCCAUGACAGAAGAAACAAGGAGCUCGUAGAGACGAUGAAUCGGCACUCCCAAGAUCUUUCAGAAUAGGAACCAGGUGGAUAAAUGAGAGAGAGAGAAUGCUGUGACUGAGUUAUUGUUGAUAUUUUAAAUGUUUGUGAAAAUGUGCCCGUUUGUGUCUGCAAGUCUGAAAUUGUGAUGUAACACCUGACAUGUCCACCUAGGGCUGAACGUGACACUCCCUGCUGUGAAGUAAAAUUAUUCCUCAUCUCACUAUUUAUGUUUUUUCUGGCUGCGGCUUAGAAAAGAUUGCCCUUGACAUUGAGGGGGUGUGAUUGCUAGUGACUCAGCAGACUGCACCAUACUGAGCCAACCGAAAGCAAAUCACUGCAGAAGAGAGGGCUCCGGCCUCCGCCAUAUUUUAGGAACUUGCAUGAGAUUGACCAACCUUUCUUACUCGCCAAUUGUCAAAAGCAGGCUCAGACAAUCAUAGGUACUCACCCAGCUGCAUUCUUGAAAGAAAAUCACAAUAAAGCCUUUAUUGCAAUGCUGCUUUAAACUGUGCCAACUUAAAGUUUAAACACACCUGUGAUGCAUUGAGCGACUCAGCAUAGUCAAACCUGAUGUGCUUUUUUUUAAAGGCUUAAGAGAUGUAGCAGAACAAAUAUUCAGACCCGUGGCAGCAUUUCAGUCAGUUCAUGAUUUUGUAAUUAAAAUGCUUAAUUAUUUUUUGGGGGAGCAUAAAAACACCAAUGUUUACUUGUAUUUAAGUAAGCACUUUAAUAAUUUGACCUCUUUUUAUAUACAUUAAGUACACGUUUUAAUUCCUGAUUCACCUAAUGUUAUCAUAUUUGCAGAACAUUUUACUCACAAGUAAAGCAUUGCUUACUCAUUGUGUUUAUAAAAGUGGUACAGAAUAUAUCAUAUCAGUGCUGGAGUUAACCUUGACCUUUACCACCAUCUUCCUGGCUUUGUACAUAUUUAACUAAAUACGGUAUUACAAAUGAAAGUCCUAUUUUUAUGUUCAUUGUACAGUCUGCCUUUCACUAUAAACAUUAUUUAUUGUAAUUGCUAUAAAAAGAGGUGAUAUAUUGAAAAUGAUGAUUAUGGUGUUGAUAGAAAUAACGCCAAAUGGAAAAUCUCACAAAUAGAGGGAAAGACUUAACUUUAUUUUGGAAAAUGGAUCAUUACACAACACACUGAAGCUUUUACUGAUAAGAUGACAGAAAGGCUUCUAACGUCUGGGUGAUCUGUGAUGUAAGGAGGAAGGUUGUGAAGCAAAAAUAACGACAGUAGUUUUCGGUGUUUAUUGUGUAACACAAACGGUGUUUCUAAAUGUGAUGUAAUUCAUACAUGGAAGUAUUACCUUGUGGAUAAACUUCAUCAUCUCUCCAUUGAUCCUCUGUUGUGACUAUAUUGUUUAUGGUCAUUGUAGGCAUGUUGUCUGUGCAUGUGUUUGCUCAGACAGACGAUGUGCCUGCCUGGUUUUUAAAUGUCAAUAAAUUGUUCUCUUUUAAAAAGAAAA